AUGCAAUACCCGCAACACUUUCAACAAGAGCAACAGCGACGAGAAAAUCAAACACCAUGGGAUGCUAGUACACUUAACGUAAUUGACGAGCAACAUAAAAAGACGACACCGACUCAUUCUUCUGUGACGCAAGAGAAUCAACAUCAGCGUGCAGCAGCGGCAGCAGCGGCAGCAGGGGCUAUCCAUGAACCCACUUAUCGACAUUACUUUUCACAAGCACCCAUACCUGAAAUGACUCAAACAACACAAGUACUCCCGACAACGCCGAUGCAUGUACCUACAUUCUACCCCAGCUCAAGUGAGCCUGUUGUUGAUUGCUCAUCAUUUGGCACGGACCGUCAUUUCGGCAACAUGUUGGAUCAUCCUCAAACACCGAUCGGAUUUUCGUGUAACGAUGGUUGCAGCUUUCUGCCCGCAUCUUCCCAGUCCCAUUGUUCUGGGGGUCAGCAUCAGGCUAAAAACGCAAGAAGCAAUAGCAAAAACCGCGUACCUCGGAACUCAAACAAGGUGCAGCGGAGAAAAGACAACAUAGCAACAUACCAAUGCACCCACCCGGGAUGCGGCCGUUCAUUCACCCGUGCCUACAACUUGACAUCCCAUAUGCGAACCCAUACUUCAGAACGCCCCUUUCCUUGUUCACAAUGUGGUCGACGUUUUGCACGGCAACAUGAUCGUAAUCGCCAUGAAAAAUUACAUUGGAAUAUCAAGCCAUAUGCAUGCCCCAAUUGUCACAAAUCUUUUGCUCGAAUGGAUGCUUUAAAUCGUCAUCUCAAGGUUGAAAAUGGUUGUGGUUCGGUUCUUGCAGCAUCCCAUUCUAUUUGA